GGGUUUGGGCCACUUCUGUAGCUGGUCAGGCUGGGAGACCAGCUACUUCCAUCUUAAACCAGCUAAGACCAGCCAACCAGCUUAGGCUGGUUUAAGCUGUUUUAGAUUUUUUUUUCAGCAGGGAAAGUUUUGCCAAACUGUAAAGAAAGAGUGUCCAGUUAUACAAUAAACGUACGUUUAAACAGCACUAUCUUGAGAUCUUUUAGACUUCCUCCAGCUGUGUCCUCAGAACAAACAUUUGACCUCUUAAGUGAUUUCACACUGACGCUGGUGGGAGGAUUCAACACAAACUGGGGACUCAACGGGACUCUACAAGCGCACUUUCCACCGCACAAUCCCGGGACACCUUUGCCUCUACCAUGAUUUUAGUUAAAUUCGUGUGCGCGAUCAUAACCAGGUCGUUAUUCAUUCUGGUCUCUCUAAUCGGCGUAUGGAGAGUAAAAACGGUGAAAAAUGACAACAUGUACUGGUUACUAACUAUUCUUUACCUUCCUCUGGUCGUGGAGAUGAUCAUCACUUUAAAACGGAGGAAAGGGAAAGACUACAAAUGGUUUUCUCCAGCCAUCCUGCUCUUCCUCAUCAGCAUUAUUCCAUCCAUAUGGAUUCUAGAGUUACAUCAUCAGGAGAACAAAGCCAGUGACCCUCAGUGUAAGAAACUGGACUCUUGGGACAAUGUCAAAAGUAUAUUGCCUUUAAACGGCACUAUGGGUAACGAAACACUAAAGCACUUGGAGCGCAUGCUCACCUCGGUGUGUCCGAAUGACUGGAUCCUUGGUCUUCAUCAGGUUCUGCUUAUUCUUCUCAUCAUUGGAAAGUGGCUCCUCCCAUUAGGAGGAGUGACGCGUGAUGAGCUGUCUCAGCUUUUACUCAUCUUUGUUGGCACGGCGGCAGACAUUCUUGAAUUUACCAGUGAAACACUCUCUGAUGUCAAGGAGAACAACCAUCAGCUGGUGUAUGUAAUCUUGGCAGUGUGGACAUGGAGUAUGUUGCAGUUUCCUCUUCACCUGGCAGUUGUGACAUCCCGGCCACAGAACUCAGAUGAGCCUGAGGGUGGAAACGGCUGUUGUAACUUGGUCUUUUUUAGACACAGUACAGAUAUUUGGAAUAUCGUGGAGAGUUUGUUUAUCCAGGACGGGCCCUUUCUCAUGGUACGUCUCAUUGUGAUGAUAUACUUUGAUGUGUUCCACCAGAUGCUGGUCUUUUUUGCUAUUAAGAACUUUCUAGUGGUCAUCCUCAACCUCUACAGGAUCAUAGUUAUCUGUCAAGACUUUAAACCACCACCACCACCAUCAUCUACCUCUCCCCCAGUAUGAAGAAAGGGAAAAAAAUAUGUUUAAAAUGAAAAUUUAGCUUCUUUAAAACAAAUGCAUUUCAUUGUAUGUCCAACUGUGCCAGAUGGUUUGCUUGAAACCGAGGUCUGAAGACUCCCAGGGGGCAGCAGGGGAGUGCUAGUAUCAAUGAGAUACUCUUAGAAUAUUAAGUGAUAUUUUUAAUUAGUUUCUGUUUUUAUAUUUACUAUCAUUUUGGUUAUUUUGUUGUGUUUUUGUCAUUUUUUA